AAACCAGUGUGGAGGCAGCCCGACUAGUGCGGGGAACCCGGAGCAUGCGCACUCUCCAAGCCACGUCCUCCUCCCUCCCUCCCUCCCUCCCUCCUCCGGGGAAUAAUUGAGAGCGUUUUCUUCGGGAGCCGCGAAAGCCUUGGCUGAAAACUCAGGUCAUUUAGAAAGAUGAUGAGCAACCGCAGGGAGAGGCCAGAACCUGAGGCACCCCAUUAGUGACUUCUCUCAAGGCUGAAGAGCAACUAUAAACUGUUCCUGGUGAUGGCGUCAAGCUGACCGGUCGGGAGUUGCUUGGAUCCUUCCCCCCUCCCCUCUUUUUUUUGGAAGAUAUGGACAAUAUUUGCCCUCUUCCAUGAUGCUGGGAACUCUCCAAUCUUCCAUGAAUUCUCAAAGAUGAUUGGCAGUGGCUCUGAGAUUACAUCUGCAGGUUUCUUUAGCUCUCUUGGAUGCAUCUCAUCUGGCCCUGGAGACUUGAAAUAAUUUAGAGCAGCUGCAGAUUCCCACAUGGAGUUCAACAAAGAGCCUCAGCCUCAAGGUACUUUUGAAUGUGAAUUGUGUGGAUUAACUGCCCCAUAUAGCUACUAUGGGCAGAAACCGCCAAAUGCCUACUCAGCUGCCCUCCUGGAAGAAUGCUAUGUCAUGAAGGAUCCAUUCACCUCUGACAAGGACAAAUUCCUCAUUCUUGGAUCGCAGUGUAGUUUGUGUCACAAGUGUGUGUGUGUUGGCACAGACUGCAGCCUUUUCUAUUCAAAGAGAUUCUGCCUCCCUUGUGUUAACUUACACAUACAGGAGUUUCCUUUAGAAAUAAAGCAAGAUUUGGAAAAGAAAACCAAUUGCAAAUCCCAGCCUUCAAAUAAAAGAGAUUCCAGGGACUCAAAAAACCCGUAGUUUUUUCUGAUUCAAGUUUUAGAAGUGUGUAAAAAUAAAAGCCGGCUCUUAUCUUGUGAA